GUUUAACCGACAUUUACAUACGUAUAUGGUAUAUGUAAUACAAAUGUCAAAUAAUGCAAAUAAACAAUUUAAAGGAAAAAUCUACGCAUAGCCGAGAUAAGCUUCCAACCAAACUGGGAUAUAAAAGCCACAAUAAACGGUAACGAGAACAAUUAAAAACGAAAAGUGCAACGAAACCGCUGCAACGCUAAAACCAAAAAUUUGUAUUCCAAUUAUUAGUCGGCUUUUGAAUUCUAACAAAAACUUAGAAUGAAAUUUUUAGUAAUUUUAGCAUUGUUUUGCGGUAUUGUAGCGGUAAAGGCACAAUUGAAUCUUGGUUUGGGCUUGGGUAUUGCGCGAUCUGGCCCACCACCACCGCAGUUUUUCCAAAAUGUCAUUCUUAAUGCAGAAGCGCAGAAAGUUCUCGUUACUCCCGGUUUACCCGCUGAUUUGCAACAGCGUGUACAAGACACACUUAGCAAUUCUGAAUCCGGAUUCAAUAAUUGCGGUACUGUAUCCACAUUGCCCUGGUUUCAAAUGCGUUGCGUCGCCUUACAACUAUCGAAGUCCAAAGCUGAGUUGAAGGCCAUAGAUGAUGAAGCAAAAGCGAGAGCACAAGCAGCUGCAACAGCGGAAGCAAGUGCGCCAGCUGCCGCAGAGGCAAUAAGCAUUUAAAUAUGAUAGCAAUAACUAUUGCAUUAACAGAAUAUAAUUACCUUUAUUUUAACAUAUCAAUUUGAUAAAUCUUGCUAUAAAAUAUUUCGAAACAUUACAUCUAAUUCACACAAUUUUUACAAAAAAACUAAACUCUCAAUACAUGGUGUUUGUUAUGAAAUAAAAAAUAUUUUGAAAUAUUUCCUUCCGCCCGCAUUUGAAUUGUAUAUGAUUACAAAUACACCCUGUACUUGAAACUGCUUUAUUUAUGUUAAACAUUAGACUGCCUUACCAGCUGAAAAGAGCUUUUCAACGAAUGUCAUAAUCAGCCCCAAAACUGCCAAAUGUCAAAUUGUCAGGGUCGAAUCGCCCCCCACUGUUGGCGAAUGUUGGCGCAGUGCAAAACAUUUUCCAGUCAUUUCUUCUCCUAUCUCCAACACACACCAAAAGCUCCGCUACGAAGUACACAAAUUCUUUGGAUGUGAAAUAUCGAUUUGCAGUGCGAGAAAAGUCCAUUAGCCAAAAAAAUUAAAUAAAGUUGGAGAAAAUCGGAAUAUCUAAUAAAAAACAAAUUCCAAGUGCAAAUCGAAAGUCCACAAAGUCGCCGAAUCGUUUGGAAAACCAGAAAAACGCGUAAUUAAUAGCUCUAGUGAAAUUCACAGUGUGACUUGACGACUGAGUGAAAAAGCGAAAGUUGCAGGGAUGGCGUUCGCAGGAUUAAAGAAACAAAUUAACAAGGCGAACCAGUAUGUGACGGAAAAAAUGGGUGGGGCGGAGGGCACAAAGCUGGACAUGGACUUCAUGGAAAUGGAGCGUAAGACGGACGUCACCGUUGAACUGGUCGAGGAGCUGCAGUUGAAGACGAAGGAAUUCCUUCAACCAAAUCCAACGGCACGUGCUAAAAUGGCAGCAGUCAAGGGUAUAUCGAAACUAUCCGGACAAGCCAAGUCCAAUACGUACCCUCAACCAGAAGGUCUACUCGCCGAUUGUAUGCUAAUGUAUGGCAAGAAGUUGGGUGAAGAUAAUAGUGUAUUCGCGCAAGCGCUUGUCGAAUUCGGUGAAGCGCUGAAACAAAUGGCUGAUGUAAAAUACUCACUGGAUGACAAUAUUAAGCAAAAUGUCUUAGAACCAUUACACCACUUACAAACUAAAGAAUUAAAGGAGGUAAUGCAUCAUCGUAAGAAGUUGCAGGGAAGACGCCUCGACUUUGACUGCAAGCGUCGCCGGCAAGCUAAAGACGAGGAGAUUCGUGGCGCCGAAGAGAAAUUUGCCGAAUCGCUGCAUUUAGCGCAAAUGGGCAUGUUUAACUUGCUCGAAAAUGACACAGAACACGUGUCACAAUUGGUAACGUUCGCUGAGGCGCUUUUCGAAUUCCACUCGCAGUGCGCUGAAAUACUGCGUGGCUUGCAGGAGACACUUCAUGAAAAACGAGAAGAGGCUGAAUCCCGACCAAAAGCUGAAUUUGUGCCCAAAACAUUGUUAGAUCUGAAUCUCGAUGGCACCGGCACUAACGAUACGGACAGCGUGAGCACACCGGCACAUAGGGCUUCAGCGGCAUCACCGCUACCCUCGCCCUUGCGCUCGCCAGCCAAAUCGCUGGUGCCGGGAGCUACGACACCACAACGCCAACAGCAACCAUGCUGUCAGGCAUUGUACGAUUUCGAGCCAGAAAAUCCGGGCGAAUUGGGCUUCAAAGAAAAUGAUACCAUUACAUUGUUGAGCCGUGUGGACGACAAUUGGUAUGAAGGCUCUUUAAAUGGACGCACCGGCUACUUCCCACAGUCAUAUGUGCAAAUUGUGGUUCCACUGCCCAAUGGCAAUUAAGGGGAGCAGGCUUAGCUGUUACAUUUGAUGAGAGCAAAACACUUCAUCACUCCAUAAGCAACUAGUUGACAAACAAUAAUUAAUUAUUUAAUAUUAAAUUUAACGGUUAAUUAAAUUUAAAGCUACUUAAAAGCAUAGAAGCAUCAAAGAAAAUCGCAAACAAUUGAGAUGUGUAUUUAUUAUAAUUAAUUAAACUCAAUGGAAAUUAUAAGAUUUAUAAAAAAAAUUCAAAGAUCAAUUCAUAAAUACUUCAAUUACAAUUCAAUUUGAAAUCUUGGAACUUUAAAAAUGAUAUUUGUAACUUUAAUGAAACAAAAAUAACAAAAACAAACCCCGAAAAUUGAUUGUGCUACUAUGAGUAUUUAUGUAAUUCCUAACUUAUUGCCUACCUAUCAGCCUGUUAUCACAAAAAAAAAAAAAUCAUCUAAAAUUGUUGUAAUUUUUAAGUCAUUGCAUACCUUACCCUAUACAUACACUCAUAUACACAUAAAAGCAAACUUGUUCCCAAUUCCCCAUUUCUUGCUCUAAACUUACCUACAUUGUGUGUGUUGUUUUGUUAUUUGUAUUUAUAUAUAUGUAUUUAUUAAGCAUAAUACAAUAAUAUUAUAUACGUGUAUAUUUAUUAUUACUCUUACAUUAAUCGUAUAUAUGUUUUCGAGGUGAAGUAAAACAGACAUAAACAAGAAUAAAAACAAAAACGAUAAAUAAGUUUAAAGAAACACGAGAGCGAGAGCUCCCUAAUUCCUAAAUACCUUAAUAUACCUUAUACAUUUAUUGAAAAGACCUUAAAUAAACUAAAUAAACAUAAAGUUUAAACACGAAACCUUCUGAACUGUAUUGUAUUGAAAAUGGUGUACCACUGAAACUAAAAACAAGUGUCAUAAUUUAAACUAAUAAAUAAAAUAUACGUAUAUAAAAGGAAACCAAAAUAAACAGUGGUCUAGAAAAUAAAACGGAUAGGUUUUAUAAUUAGCUGUGUUAAACUAAUAAUUUUAGUUUGUUAAAAUUAAUCAUGUAACUAUGUAAGCUGUUAAAGAAUGUCGAAAAUAUGUUUAAAUAGCAAACAUUUGUGUUUAUAUGUAAGUACAGCAAAAUGUGUGCUGAUACAAUGAGAAAAAGCAUUAAAAGCUAUCAGCGCUGGAUGUGCGGUUUCACAAAGUUUUGAAAAGUUUUUGUUUGAAGCUAACUUUAAAUGGAUUUUAAACAAUUAAGUGUUUGAAAGUGAUACGUAUAUACGUGCAUGUAUUCAUUUGAAAUGUUUUACGAAAGUUUGCUGCCUUUUAUAAAGAGCUACUUAGGGAAAAUUGUUAACCAGUUGAUAAAUAAAGCGCAAUGUAAUAGAACUAAUAGCUUUUUGGUUGAUUAAACUAAUUUUCAAAGAAAGUUCGGUUUCAUAUAUGUUUUUUUUUAUUAGUAUUUGAAUAUUAUUCGUAAAAUUUUCUAGUUUUUAAAUAACACUUUAUUAAGUAAACUAUUUGCUUUAAUUAUUUUGUAUGCAAACAAUUGCUUUAAUACUACACAAUGCUCAUACUAUUUUGUUGUCUUACAUUCCAUGCUAUCUUAAGUGCAUAUUUAAAUACUUUUCACAUUUUGACUUUACUAUUUUGUUUUUUCUAAGCACAAAGCCAAAACUUGUCCGUUUGUAUUUUUGUGGCACUGUCACUCGAGCGGAUUACUAUCCGAUUAAUGUACUGAUAAUAAUCAAGUAAUUAACGUUUGGUAGCGAUACCGAUAGCGUUUGCGAGAAGUUUUGAACAAAUAUAUUAUGCAAGAAGAGAGUCGAAGGUGGUUUAGGUUUAGUAGUCUCAUGUUGGAAUAAAAAAACAAAACAAAAACCUAAAAACAAAACAAUUUAAAAACAUUGGUUUAAUAAUUGUAUACAUGCAUAAUUAAAAUAUAGAAGAAAAGGCUAAACAUAACGAAAAACAAUAAUGUAUUGAAAAUAUAUACAUACUUACAUACAUAUAUGCAACUUGAUGCAAUUACGAUGAAUUAUAACAAUAAUAAUUGUAAUGGAAAUUUACAAGUGUAAUAAUGUAACAAUUACCUACCCCUAUACAUACAUACAUACUAUAUACAAAUACUUAACGUUAAUAUGAAAUAUGAAAAUUAACUAUAAAGCUACCGCAAAUGAAGAUAUAGAGAUGAAGACGGCGUGUAAAAGGUUUAUGAUAUUGCUGAUAUUAAGAUAUAAUAUGUAUUAAUUACGUUAUGCAAACAAACAAACAAAAAACUUACAGAAAUUAUUGAAGCAAAGCGCGACAAAUAUGAAGGCAAAACCCCGAUAACAAAAAAUAACAAAAAACCAAAAAGAAAUUAAUAAAAUUUAAUUUUUAAUGUGUCUUUCGUUCCAACGCAAGUAUUCUUUCUUCCAAUAUUAUUUCAUUUUCGUUUUCUUUGCAUUUUAUAUGCUUACUGAAUUAGCUGCUAUAUCAUCUGGUUUCUUAUUUCCCCUCACCAUCCAUCAAUAGCGUCCAAAAUCGCCUACUUUUCUACAUACACCUGCUAGACGAUGUAUAUUUAUUGCUACACCCCCGCCAAUUGUCACAGCAACGAGUCAUUAGCCGCCCUCUGGCAGUCAUACGCCAACACUGUUGUGCGAUCUGUUCCUCGUUUUUCUUCUGUUUCAUUUACACGCUAUUUAUUAUACUGAAUUCUCUCAAUCCCCCACGCUGUGGUUAAAAACAAAUAAAUAUAAUUAAAUUUGGGGGCGGUAAAUGGCUAUCUCUAUGACAACAAUGUCAAUGCCAAGCGGAGGCCAAUUCAUACUAACUUAUGCAUAUUUGAAGAGCACAUAAUACAGCAUCAGCUCUAUUAUCAAUAGCUUAUAUGCUCCCCACUAUUGCGCAUCCUUGCAUGCGCACAUCCACAAACAAUCCAUGAUAUGUUUUCAAAUUUGUACUCUUGUACAUAUGUAUGUACUUGAUAGUCUAGUAUUGGCAUUUUAGCGUCGUUGGAAUUUUCAGUAUAACCCUCAAAUGAAAUCAAGGCUAUUAAGUAUAAUGGCGCCAAAGUGAUUGUGACCUCAACGGAGGAGCCUGUGUUCAAACUCAAUAAUUACGGUGUAGUGUGCGUACUGUAAUAGAAGGUUGACGCCAGUGAAGCUCACAAAGAUUGCGCGACUGUGAAAAUUUAACUUCCGUUUUGCUAUGACACAAAGAUAUAAAUAUAUGUUUGUAUACGCGUGUACAUUUGCCUUGAUGUGUGGAUGUAUGUUAGAAUAAUAUCAGGAGGUUAGAAUGAGUCCAUUAUUUUAAAUAUCCAUAAUUAUUAUUAGAUUCUUUGAGCACCCCUACCAACCCAAAUAACUAUUGUUUAUGAUUUAUUUCCAUAAACGUUUACUGUUAUUAGCUUCGAGCUUGUUACUGUUAUCUCAACUUUGUUAUCAUUUUAAAUACUGUAUUACAAAAUUCGUUACCCCCUUACAUUAAAUAAAACUUAAUUUAAUUCAACGCUUUACAAAAAUUUAGACUUUUUAUGGUCAUUUGAUAAAUUACCAAUUCAGUUUUUUCAUAAAUUAAGUUUCUAUAUAAAAAAUAAAUUAAUUUGAAAGGAAAUAAAUUGUUUUAAAUCUUCCUUCCUUUAUCAAAUAGCUUUUAACGUCAUAUGGCCACAUUUUAAUAACUGCAAUGUGGCAACUUGCUCGUUUGUCAAACUUUCCAGUUGGUUUCCAAUUAAAAACGUCAUUGUCUAAUGUCAAAAAGCCGAUGACGUUCAUCUCUGCUUAUUCAUAUUUUACCAGAGAACGUAAAUGAUAUUCACAUUUGAUUCAGAUUUUUUGGUGGUAGUGUCUAGUCGAGUUUGUGCAGAUUCGUGGACGGAACGAACAGAUAAAUUAAAUCCCUUUCUGUGAAGUGAAGUCUUGCCGUGUAAAGUUGCCGCUACAAAAACGUUCGCUAUAUUGUGUAAAAUUGUAACAAAAUGUUUAGUUUUCUAAAGCGCGAGAAAAAUAAUCAAGAAGUGGUGGAGAAUGUGGUUGGCGAGCUAAAGAAAAUCUAUCGCAGCAAGCUGUUGCCUCUGGAGGAGCACUACCAGUUCCAUGAUUUUCAUUCACCCAAGCUUGAAGACCCUGACUUUGAUGCGAAGCCAAUGAUAUUGUUGGUGGGCCAAUACUCCACUGGUAAAACGACAUUUAUACGUUACCUGCUGGAACGCGACUUCCCCGGCAUUCGUAUUGGCCCUGAACCCACAACAGAUCGUUUCAUUGCCGUAAUGCAUGAUGAAAAGGAGGGUGUCAUACCUGGUAAUGCACUUGUUGUCGAUCCGAAAAAGCAAUUCCGUCCACUAAGCAAAUACGGCAAUGCCUUUUUAAAUCGUUUUCAAUGUUCUACUCUCAACUCACCCGUCUUGCAAGCGAUAUCCAUUGUUGAUACACCUGGUAUAUUAUCAGGCGAAAAACAACGUAUCGAUCGUGGUUACGAUUUCACCGGCGUCUUAGAAUGGUUUGCAGAGCGUGUGGAUCGAAUUAUAUUACUCUUCGACGCUCAUAAACUCGAUAUCUCAGACGAGUUUAGACGUUCCAUUGAAGCGCUUAAGGGUCAUGAUGAUAAAAUCCGCAUUAUACUCAACAAGGCUGACAUGAUUGAUCACCAACAGCUAAUGCGUGUAUACGGUGCGCUUAUGUGGUCUUUGGGCAAAGUGCUGCAAACACCCGAAGUAGCACGUGUCUAUAUCGGUUCAUUCUGGGAUCAACCAUUACGUUUCGAUGCCAAUCGUCGCCUUUUCGAAGAUGAAGAACAAGAUCUGUUUCGGGAUUUGCAAUCACUGCCACGUAAUGCAGCGCUACGCAAGCUUAACGAUUUGAUUAAGCGUGCGCGUCUGGCGAAGGUACAUGCCUUCAUUAUUUCUGAAUUACGCAAAGAUAUGCCAUCAGUGUUUGGUAAAGAUAGUAAAAAGAAGGAUCUAAUUAAGAAUCUGGGUCAAAUCUAUGAUCGAAUUCAACGUGAACACUCCAUUUCGCCGGGUGAUUUCCCAGACAUCAAGAAAAUGCAGGAGGUGCUGCAGCAUCAAGACUUUAGCAAAUUCCAUUCCCUAAAACCACAUUUACUGGAUGUUGUAGAUAAUAUGUUGGCCAAGGACAUAGCGCGACUAAUGGAAAUGAUACCACAAGAGGAAAUGACUCUCGUGUCAGAACCAGUGGUCAAGGGUGGCGCUUUCGCUGGUGUAAUCGACGAUCACGUCUCACCGUUCGGCUACAUGAAGGGCGAGGGCAUCGAUGCUGGUUUCGGCGAGCACGAUUGGAUUUGUAGUCGCGACAAACCACGCACAGACGACAUCUUUAACGCGCUGGGGCCGGUGGAUGGGCGCAUAUCGGGAGCGACUGCCAAGCAAGAACUCAUCAAAUCGAAGCUGCCCAACUCGGUGCUCAGCAAAAUCUGGAAGCUGUCCGAUGUCGAUGGCGAUGGUUUUCUGGAUUCGGACGAAUUUGCACUCGCUUUGCACUUAAUCAAUGUCAAACUGGAGGGCAACGAACUGCCGAAUGUGCUGCCCGAACACUUGGUGCCACCGGCGAAACGUUGCUAGUGCUAUUAUAAAAAAAUUUUCUAUUUUACUUUAUCAUUUUUUUUUUUGGUUCCUUCACUUCUUAUGACUUCGUUAUGACGAGCGUACAUUUCAGCUCGCUUCAGUUUCCUAUAAUAUCGUUGCUAAUUAAAAUUAAUGUAUUACAAAAAUGGUACUAUGCGCUUAAGUCAUCUAAGCUACUAUAUAUUGUAAACUACACCUAUUUUUAUGGCAUAUAUGUACAUCUGCAUACAUAUACAUAUAUGUUACUUGUUGUCGCAUAUGUGAGAGCUGGCAAUCGAUAUGCACAAAGCGUCGUUAAAGUGCAUUGUUACCUAUAUAUACAUACAAACAUAUACGAAAGGAACAAACCCAAUUGUUGUAUACCCAACUAAGCGCUAAAAUAACUAAAUGUAUAUGUACAUAUGUAUGUAUAUAUAUACUAUGAGUAUGUGUUUUGCACACUUUGCAUUGUAUGUAUGCUAUUACACCACUUACAUAUGUAUGUAUAUUAUAAUGUAUAUUAAGUAAAAUUUGAAUUUGAAUUUUAAAUUUUGAACCCCCCUUAUAUCAUGUGAAUGUAACUGAAAUCUAUUUUUGAAUAUUUCAUAUACAUAUGCGCCAAUAUUAACUAAAUAUACAAAACAAAUUGAAAAGAUAAUAAAAAAGUUUAUGAAACACACUUUAGUUGAAUAUACAUACACACAUACAUGCAUGCAUAAAUAUCUAAGCGCUUUCUUUAUAAAAUUCGUUUUAUAUUUAUAUAUAUGGUCUUUACAUAUACAAUAUAAAUAAGUAAGUUUUGUUCAAAAUGAAACUAUCACUAAAUGUAUAUGUAUACAACAAAUGGAAAAUUCAAAAAUUAAAGUGAAAAUAUAUUUGAUACAUACAUACCAUAAAUGCAACUAUUUGCACUUUUAAACGCAAUGUCCUAUGCACACAUGAAAAAUAUGUUACAAACUUAAAUGAAUCCAUUGCAUAUGCAAAAAAUAGUAUACAGUAUACAAAAAUUGUAGCUUUCACAGUUGUUGCAUUGAUUUCGGCUCAGUUGAACGCAUUGGCUGAGUCCUGCGCAUUUCUCACCAGUUUGUAGGUUAUGCAU